UUGAGAUAGCAAACUACUUUUGCACAGUUACAGCAGCAUUUCAGGAAAAGACAGAGGAAAUCUGAAUUGUAACUGUUAGUAACGUUGAUGGGCUAAUAUGUGUUAGGAGUUUGAGAGGGUUUGUACAAACUGUGUACUUGCUGGGUUGCGUGUUUAUAUGCUAAUGCCAGUGUAGCAAAACUGGUUACAUAAUGUAGCUGGACAGGAAUGCCACAAAUACCUCCACAUUAGGAAUACGAAAAGACAUACGCGUUUGCAAUAACGGUCGUGUUUAUGGAAAUGAAGCUGUUGUGAUGGAAACAGAAGGCAGUCCCAAGAAAGAGGAGUCAGCCUGUGCAAACUUAGGAGACGGGGAUGCGGAAGCCAAUGAGGAAAUCGGCCAGGAGGACGGGCGAAACAGCAGCACUCAGUGCCAGGCCUCCGUCAGCAAUGGGGGCGACACUGACGACGGAAAAGAAACGGUGGAUUUGAAAAUUAUUUGGAACAAAAAUAAGUAUGAUUUGAGAAUCCCUCUCGAUGGCACAGGAGCCAGUUUAAAAGAGAGGAUCCACUCACUCACAGGUCUUCCACCCUCUAUGCAAAAAGUGAUGUACAAGGGUCUCCUGCCUGAGGACAAAACCCUACGCGAAAUUAAAGUAACCAACGGGGCAAAAAUAAUGGUUGUAGGAUCAACAAUCAAUGACGUUUUAGCAGUUAACACGCCGAAAGAAGUCAUUCAACAAGAAGUCAAAGCAGAGGAGAAUAAAAAGGAACCUCUAUGCCAGCAAAAGCAACACAGAAAAGUGUUAGACAAAGGAAAACCGGAAGACAUAAUGCCCUCUGUAAAAGGAACAAAGGAACGUUUGCCAACAGUGCCUUUAUCUGGAAUGUACAACAAAUCGGGUGGGAAAGUGAGGUUAACGUUUAAACUGGAGCAGGAUCAACUCUGGAUCGGAACCAAGGAGAGAACCGAGAAGCUCCCCAUGGGCUCGAUCAAAAAUGUUGUAACUGAACCUAUUGAAGGGCAUGAUGACUAUUACAUGAUGGCAUUUCAGCUUGGUCCAACAGAAGCGUCUUACUAUUGGGUUUACUGGGUUCCGGUGCAGUAUGUUGAUGCAAUCAAAGACACAGUCCUUGGAAAGUGGCAGUACUUUUGAGUGUGCCGUGCGGAGAACUGAGAUUUAAAAAAAAAAACCAAAGGACAUUAGGAGAGAUGACAACUGACCAACUGAGUCUGACCGUCCUGAAGAACUUUAACAGUGACAAAAACUUUACAAAUUUUACAUUGAAAAAAUAGACAACUUAAAAAAGGAUAUAUAUAUAUAUAUAUAUAUAUAUAUAUAUAUAUAUAUAUAUAUAUAUAUAUAUAUAUAUAUAUAUAUAUAUAUAUACACACACACACACGGUAUUGGAUGCCAAUGCAUUAUCUGUCUUAGGUUUACUUUUCAAACCUUUUAAGUUGCAGUAUCCCUUUUCAUGGGCCUACUUCAUCUUAUCUUUUUAAAGCAAACCUGAUUUAAACAAGUGAAACCGAUUUGAACACAGUUUACUAACCCUGCAGCCAUAAAAAUAAAAGAAUGAAUUGAAGGAAAUACCGCCCGAGAGAAAUGUGUACGCAUUAUUUAAAGACUAACGUCUGUUCUUCAUUGAGACAGAGGGCUAUGCAAGAGAUACAUGAAAGCCAUCUUUGGAGUGCAGACUGUAGCGGUUUAUCGGCCUUUAAAGCUAUAGAGCAGCCCAUGUCUGUGUAAUUUCAUUGUUAUAUAUAUAUAUAUAUAUAUAUAUAUAUAUAUAAAGACAAAGCUGGUUAUGGUAAGACUCAUAAGGUUCAAGGUAAUAUUGCUGAGCCCGGAUAUUCUGGAUCUUAAUGACCUACUGUUUCUUUAAACCCAGCCCCGUGGGUAGUAGCCACCCUGCUUUGCUGCCUUAAAUAUUUUUCAUUGCAAAGAAUCCGAGGAGUUAAUUUUAGACUGAAGCAGAUGCAUGCCUGUCCCCUCCCUCCUUUGUCUCCACAGUGUUUACACACAUUUUUGGGUUUGUAGAUUUACUGUAGUUUGAAGUAUUGAAAUUACUUGUGAACAGUGUGCACACAGCACCAUUUUAAUUCAGCUGAUUGACUGAUGAAUGAAGCAUUGUCAUAAGAGCAUAAAAAUGUGGCCAUUAAAUUGAAGUGGUUUCACAUAAAAAGGUUUUAUAAACCAUUGUGUUCUCAUUCUUAUUUUGUAUCUGCCAGUAAUAUACCUUGAUGAACACACUGGUCUAGUGUAAUCCGAUCAUCAAUAAAUAUUACUUUCAGUUUCUCUUAUGUUUGAAUGGAAAUAUUUAAGUUUGAUCUUUUUUUUUGUGAGUUUGUGUUUUUUUUUAUAUGAAUUGCCUGGAAAUGGUAAAUUGAUGUUCUUGGUUUUCAAAUAAAGCCGGUACAGAAUACAAAUGCA